GAGAUCUGGAUCUCCAAGGCUGGCUCCUGCCGAAUAGAGAUCUUGACUUUGAUAAACGAUAAAUUACCUGACGCUGAGAGCCUCGAUCCAAGCAUCAUGAGUGCCAUUGCAAACCUUGCCUCCGAUUGCCCGGUUUGGAAACACACAGGACUCGACCUUCGGACAAACCAUGCCUCCCACGCUCAACCACGUCAGGGCCAUGCCCACGCUUCAUACUUCCUUCGUCAUCCCGACCUAUCAUCCGAGAUGAUAGCCCAUCCGAAUAUUCCAUCCGCUCAGUUCCAGGGAUUGAGAUGCGAAGCUAACUACAGCUUCAAGUCGUCAAAGAAGGGGAACCGUAUCAGGACUGGCACCCCGAAGCCACCAAUAACCGAGCCCCUGAACUCCUCCCAGGACAUGGAAUCAACGUCUCAGAACCAUACUUACUCCCUCAGAAGCAACCCUAAACGGAGUAAAAAAGCAGCAGUGGCGGCUCAAGAGGAGGUCGGCAAUACGAAUCCCCCAUCAACGUCAGAAUCGCCGUUUCCCGACUACCAACAAGAAGACAUUGAGUCGCUGGUUGCCGAGGCCAUUGCCGACAUGGCUUGCGUCUUGGACUUUGCUUUCCGGAAACUAAUCGGCGUCAGAGGGAUUUCUCCAGGGAUGAGGACUAUCAAGAAUCUGGCGUCACCUUCCCUGACUGAGAUUGCUCCCGCUGUUUGGGACCUUCAGUAUCUUCAGACAAUGUCUGUCCACGCACAAAUCAUCCCGUCGAUCGCUACUGGAAUUGCCCGUCUAAAAAACGCCCGGUCCGCGAGUCUGCGGGAGAAACUCAACAAUCUAACUCACCAGACGACGUUAGGAAUCGACGGCCAGGAGUUCGCUGACUCGGAAGCCGAUGCUACAGACGAGAUUCAGCCAGAGCCGAUUAAACGGCCGUUCGCCACCAAACAAGGGGGCGAAAACACAGGCACGAAGGCGCGGCCGCAGCAGCUCAACUAUGCAGGGCAAGAGUUGGAGAUCCCCACGGUCUGCGUCGAUGAAGACGGUAAUGGAACUCGCGUUGCCAUGGAAAGCUACGGCCUGGAGCCAGACUACGAUCCCUACGUUGUUUUCCCUGGAGCCCCUUUCGAAACAGGCCACCUCGAGAUAGACACCCUUCUGCAGAUGGACGAGUCCUACAUGUCUAGCGAUCAAGUUUCGCCAUCAGACGAUUGGACGCACAGCUCCGAGGGUGACUACUUUUACACUGACGGACAAGGGAACGUCUACCCGAUCGAGAAGCAGGAGAACUCGGAAGGCGAUCAUUCAAUCGACUGGCCGUCAGCCUCACAACUUGUCGACUCUGACGGCUACAGCCAGCAGCAUGAUGAGGACCUCGAAGAACUCUGGGAUCAAGCUGCAAACCAAGCAUAUAUUAUGUCUUAUGAAGAUGGGUUCCCUGUUUCGGGAGUUCACACCCGCCCGAACGAUGCCAUAAACCAACCAUUCUUGCCACCAUAUCCCGACGAUACACCGCACGACAAUUGGGCUUGGGAAUAAGCUCGACCAAGCCCUUAAUUGCCCAGAAGAUUCAGGCGGCCAUCGUCUACAAUCCAGGCUGAAAGCCCCCUUCGACCGACCCUUUCGAUAACCCUCCAGCCCAUAACGCGUCGUGUUCGGGGGCCGGGUUACCUGCACCCGCGCCGAAGUUCAAGGCUCACAAGAGAAGGAUUUUGGUGAGAGUUUCGAUUCCUUCCCGUGUUUCCCUAGCACCUCAUCCUCUCGCGGAAUCGGUCCUUGAGUCCCCAGAUUCCGUGUCGUCCGUUUGAACACUUCGAUCGAGAAAGCGCCCUAGGAAAUGAUCACCGCCGUUCCCGGCCUUGAAGGUCGACCCCUCAUUUCUUUGGCGCCGGCUUCUUCUUUUCCUUCUUCUUCUUUUGUUCUGGCUUUAACGUGGCGAAGUGGAUGUACC